GUCGGUCCGCCGCUCGGCCCCGCGCUGACACGCCAGACCAGCGGUACACACACCUUAUGAACCGUCGCUCUGUUGGUACUCUUUGAUACAGACGUGAUUUUAUCAGACUCGCAGAAGAAGAAGAGUAUGGUGGCUGUUUGAAAAUAGGAGCAAAGAUGGCACAGAAAGACACACUGCUGCAUCUCUUCGCUGGAGGAUGUAGUGGUACAGUGGGAGCCAUCGUGACCUGCCCACUGGAGGUGUUAAAGACACGAUUGCAGUCUUCUGGACUUACCCUCCGGCCCGUCUUCCAGGUCCAGCUAGGCACCCUGAGUGGUACGGGUGUCAUCCGACCAGGAACUGUUACCCCGGGGUUGCUGCAGGUCCUGAGAUCGAUUCUAGAAAAAGAGGGACCAAGAUCACUCUUCCGUGGUCUGGGGCCAAACCUUGUCGGUGUGGCUCCCUCAAGAGCCAUUUACUUUGCUGCUUACUCAAAAUCUAAAGAGAUAUUCAAUGGGCUGUUCGUUCCUAAUAGCGGUGCAGUGCACAUGUCCUCUGCUGGUGUUGCAGCUUUCGUCACUAAUUCUCUGAUGAACCCCAUCUGGAUGGUAAAGACCAGAAUGCAGCUGGAGAAAAAAGCCAGAGGAGAGAAGAAGAUGAACGCACUGCAGUGUGCCCGCUAUGUUUACAGAACCGAAGGCAUCCGAGGCUUCUACCGAGGCCUUACUGCAUCGUACGCUGGCAUCUCGGAGACUAUGAUCUGCUUCCUCAUCUACGAGACACUAAAGAAAAACCUUGCCAAGAGCCAGUUCACCUCACCAAACGGAGAAAAGGAGAAAGGAGCAUCAGACUUCCUGGGUCUGAUGAUGGCAGCUGCUUUUUCAAAGGGUUGUGCCUCCUGCAUAGCCUACCCACACGAGGUUAUUCGGACAAGGCUGCGUGAGGAAGGCAGCAAAUACAAGUAUUUCUUCCAGACAGGGAGGUUGAUAGCGGUGGAGGAAGGCUAUGCAGCUUUUUAUAGAGGACUCAUUCCACAGCUAAUUAGACAAAUCCCUAACACAGCCAUCGUCCUCUCCACAUAUGAACUCCUCGUCCAUCUGCUGGGAGAUUCCAAGUGAGGACAUGUUUGAACGUCAGGUAUUCCGGAAAGACGGAUGCCACACAAAGCCCAAGGCACACUGAGCAACAGACUUUUGAAAAUGCAGUACAUACAUUUUUCAGUGUGGUGCUAAAGGGACUUUUCAAAUUCAAAGGUGUACUGUUAUCCAAAGAGCUAAGCACAUUGUUUUACUGAAAGCUUGUCAUUAGGAGUUUAUCAAAAAUAACGUAAGAAAUUCUGGUUCUUAUUAAAAACUCCUUACCUGUGAAAAAAGGUCAUCUUCUUAGAGGACUAGUGUUAAGUUAACUAAAUUAUUUUAUGUUUUGUUAUUUUAUGACAGUGUUUGUUUCCUUUUUAUCAAUGUUUAAUGUACCAAGACACAUGACUCGUUUAGUUAAUGAAGGGAAGCAAUUCAGAAGAAGUGCAAGAAAUUGUGCUAUUUCCUGCAUUGUGAAGACCAUACAGACCAUUUUGACUGGUGUACUUUCACAAAUACAACGUGCUGGUUUUGAAGUUUGAAUUAAAGAGAAAUUUAUCAUAUUUUUCAUUAAUAUAAAUAUUUUUCUUUGUGAAAUAUUUUACAAUAAGAUGAGAACCUUGAUUCUUAUUUGACCAGUGGCUCAAUAAAAUGCAUCAAGAAACGUCAUUAGUUGGUGGUUGACCCAAAUGCUGAUAUUCUGUUAAUGCACGAAUCUGCCUUUAAUGUAUAGGAAACUAAAAGACACACAAGGGAUGUUGCAUUGUACAAGCAUGGCUAAACAGAAAUCACAGGAUAUAUCAGGGACUAUUUGGCUGGUUCUGUAAAGUCCAAAUAUUCUGAUGAAUCAAUCUCAUAAAAGGCUUUGUACUGGUGAUCCCCUCUAAAUGUGGCUAAAAAUAUAUUUGAGAUCAACAUGGCUGAGAAGUUUGUUUUUUUUCCUUAAGGAUCUCAAAGUUAUUUUACGUUCUGGGACUAUUCUUAAUUUCACCAGGAAAAGGUGUAAGUUCAGUGCCUGAAAUGUGCAGUAAAUGCUCUCCUUAACUCUACAUAAGGAACAUAGAAGAUAAGAUUGUGUUUUCAUGCUAUGACUGAACGUCAGGAUGUCCUAUCGUUUUCUUCCAUGUACUGUAAGUUGUUGUGUUUGUUUUUUGUUCAGUAAUGCCUGCUUCACUUAUAGUUACAGAUCUGGGAACCAGUCUUCCACUGUCUCCGAAUAUCAUGGCUAUAAAAAAAUAUGCAACUA